UUUCGACGUUCGCCUAGACUAUGUUGGAUUCUUUAAUUUCUAUCGCGCAGACCUUAACGGAAAUGGAAGUGGCCGUGUUCGCUUUGUGAAAGGGGUGUCCGUGUUACUCGCGCGCUGAAAUCAGACCGACCGGAUCGGCGUUAACUCGCGCACGCUCGGAGAGAACCCCUUUCCCUCGGCGGCGCGGGUACCGAUGGCGGACUUCGUGGUGCCGCGGCACAGCGCGGUGAUGGAGCGGCUCCGGAGGCGCAUCGAGCUCUUCCGGCGGCAUCACAACAGCUGCGAGAACCGCUACGAAGGCACGGCCAUGGACCGUCUGGAACAGGACCGCCAGCAGACCAUCGCCCUGCACCAGCGCUGCCUGCAGAACAAAGCCAAGCGCUCCAACAAGCACCGGCAGCCGACGGCGGUCAGCGACCAGGCGGCGCAGAGGGGCGCAGGAACCGGGGGUGCCGAGUCCGCGGAGGGUGCUGGAGGAGGAGGAGGAGGAGGAGGAGGAGGAGGAGGAGGAGGCAGCGCACCGGGCGAGCAGAGCCGGAACAGCACUCUGAUUGCGCUGCAGGAGACGGUGAAGAGGAAGCUAGAGAGCGCCGGCUCUCCUCUCGGGCGCGACCAGGUCAACGGUUUCAGCGAUGGAUAUCCCCCAUCCAAAAAGUCAUGUCUGGAGGACGCUUUGGGUCUCAACGGGGCAUCGAACGGCGCCAAGCCUCCGCCGUCACCACUGGACACCAAGCACCCGGUCAACGCCGACCUGCUGGCGCUGAACGGCGCGGCGCCGGGCGGCAUGGAGCAGAACGGAAUCUGUCUGCCCGGCGAGUCGGACAUCCGCCUGAAGCAGCCCAAGCAGGAGCCCAUGGACGACAGCAACGGCAACAUCAUCCUGCCCGACCUCAACCUGAACGAACAGGAGUGGACCGAGCUCAUGGAGGAGUUCAACCGCUCCGUGCCUUACGAGGAGAUCCAGGACCUCUUCAAUGAGGGUUUCGAAGACCGCAAGGAGCCCGAUCUGACGUCGGGCCCCGUCGCGCCUACCAGCCUUUUGCCGGACCUGACUGGCACGAUCAAGGCGGAGUUCUCCCCGGCGCCGGCCUCGGCCGCCUUCGAGCAGGACUCGCGCACCGGCUCCCCCCAAGUGCCGCCCAAUUCCUCCGCGCCUCCCGUGCACGCCAGCUCUCCGAUCAUGCCGCCCGCUUCGUCUUCGCCCGCCCUGCCCGGGCAUCAGCACGCCCAGGCGCACGUCCAACAGCAGCCCGGUCAGCCCAGGCCGCUUCAGAAUCACCUGAUGCCACCCAAAGACCUGUCGCCCGCACAGCAGCUUCAGCAGCUGGCGGCUCGGGAGAAGCACAGAGCUCAGUUCAUGCACAACCAGCAGAACCAGGUCCAGAAACAACAACAACAACAACAACAACAACAACAACAACAACAACAGGUGGCACCCAAAUUCCACCAGCAGGCGAGCCACCCUUCUACCUGGCAGAGCGGCCCUACCCAGAGUUCCUUAGCAGGUGGCGCUUUUAGGCUGGAGAAACCCAGCAGCCCCUCGCUCUACCCCUCAGACUUCCAGAACCCCAAGUCGCUCCUCAUGUCCGGUCAGCAGCCCAACAAGGGCUCGCCCAAAGCGGGUACGCCGGGCGGGUACAUGCAGCCCAACGGGCACCCCAUGUUGGGACACGUACCGGCUCCUUCGGGCACCCUCGGCCAUCCCCCCGCCCCCGGGGGCCAGGCGGCCAUGCUGGACUAUAGCAACACCAAGCCGCUGAGCCAUUUCGAGACCCGAGCGGCGGCCAACGCGCAGAGCCAGAACAAAGCGGCGCUGCUGAACCUCCUACAUCAGCAGCAGCAGCAACAUCAGCAUCAGCAGCAGCAGCAGAUGAAGCCCAGAUCGGCUGGCAUGCAGUUCAGACCCCCAACACAUCUACCGCACUCACAGGAACCAGGCUCGUACCCGUCCGCCCCCCACGUCCAGGGUCCAGGCGGCGCUAUGGUGACGCAGCCGGGCGGCGGGGGCAUGGCGACUAACCACAGUAACGCUGCGUAUCUGAACGAACUGCAGAAGCAGCAGCAGCAGAUGCAGAUGAUGAAUCAGCAGCAGAAACAGUUUCUCCUGGGACAGCAGAGGCAGAUGAUGGCUGAGCAGGAAAAGCAGCAGCGGCAGCAGCAGGAGCAGCAGUUGCAGAGGCACCUGACCCGCCCGCCACCUCAGUACCAGGACCAGCAGAACCCGUCUGCUCAACAGAACCCAUUCCAGCAGCAGCCACAGGUCUCCCAGUUCCCAGGUUCGUCUCAGGCGUUGGGCAGCGUGAACCCCCUCGGCGGCCCGGCCCCUGGCGCUCAGCGCAUUUUCCAGCAGAAUCAAAGCAUGAUGGGACUCGGGCAGGGUGGCGGUCCUGCACCCGGCGCCCCUCCUGCUGCCAGUCAGGCGGAUAUGAGCCUGUCGUCCUGCGCUGGCGGGAUGGACGGUCAGCAGGUCAUUUUCAUGCACCCGGCCCACGCCAACCAGCAGAGGCUGCCCGUAUCUGCCAUACAGAAUUACAGGCAGAACAUGCUGGCACAGCAGCAGGCUCACCUGAAACAGCAGCAACAGAUGGCGCGCAUGCCCAACAGCAUGCCCAACGCUAUGGCAAACAACAUGAGCUCCAUGGCCAGUUCGUUGCCUGGCACAAUGGCCGGCAACAUCCAGGGUGGCAUGCCCCCACAGGCACAGUCCUGGCAGUCGCAGCAGCAUCCAGGUCUCCAGCAGGGCAUGGCUGCCCAGCCCAACCACAGUAACGGUGCCAUGCCAGCUGGAUUCCCCAACUCCGGCUUCCACAUGCAACCCAGGAUGGCCAAGCUGCCCAGCAACGCCCAGUUCGCCCAGGCCGGUUUGGGUAACAGUGCAGCCGGAAGGGCCAUGGUGGGAAUGAACCCUGCGCAAAUGAUGCCCGGUAUGGCCCAACAGAGAAACCCCGGCGCCAGCAUGGCACAGCAGCAGCCUCAGCAGGGGCAGCAAGCGCCACCGCAGGUGCAGCAGGUGCUGCCCGAUCUGGCGCCGUUCGGCCAGCCGCAGGGCGCUCAGGUGCCCAAUCGUACCGCCGGCAUGCAGUGCAACCAGGCCUACCAGGUCAAUCGGACAGCCAAUCAGCAGAUGCCGUUUGCGUAUAACGCCCAAUCGGGGACGAGCCUGGCCGGUUUCCCCGGCGAGAGCGACCUGGACUCUCUUCUGAAGAACCAAACGGAGGAAUGGAUGGACGAUCUGAACGAACUCUUGGCCAGUCAUCAGUGAUUGGCGCGUUCGGAGGUCCGGCCUUGUUCUCUGGCCUCUAUACGAAGCGUGCGAGGAGACUUCGGACUGUGACCUGGUCAAACCUGCUGUACUGUGUGUGUGUGUGAAACGUAAGGGGGUACAGGACCACGCCCCUGUGUGUAUUGAGUAUUCCCAGGCCUGGGACGACAAUACGUAGAGCUAAAAAACAUUCUGUCUACUACUGAUCCUGUGGCUCAGUAUUAAAACCACUGAAUCGGACCCGGCGUGACGGGUCAGCGCACGUUCUUCGCCUUCUCGCACCCAAUAAUUACGGGGUCUGUCUGAAAACCUAGUGAGCUGCCUCGCUGCCGUCUACCUACCUGGGCAGCUGCCUCAGUAGAGAGGAUUCUAAUAAGACAUCGACUCGUAAGGCAGAUUAUUUAGACGCCUCACUAGGAGCAUUUUAAAGAACCUAAGAAUUUAGGCACACCCUCUUCUCGGGAGUGUAGGAUGAUGUAAAAUGUAAAAAGUUUUCGGACAGACCCGGUGAAUCGUGCCUCUUAGAUCUAGAUAUGUAUCGCGGACCCGUGAGUCUAUUUGUCAGAAAGUCUCGCACCGAUGAGCGCACUUCGUUCUAUUUAGGCUGCGUUCACAAGGACGUAUUUUUCCCCUCAAUAAUAUAAACUAAAUUCCAAAAAUAGUUGGGACAUGAAUUGUUUUCCUUAAAAAAAUAAAGAGAAGGUAGAAAGACGGGAGAUUUCACGCUCUAACUACGCAACGUUAUUAUUUCUGUGUGUACAUUUACUCCUGUGGCUGGAACGGCUUCCGAAAAAGUUGGGACACGGGCACGUUUACCUCUGUCGUGUUUGUAAUCGUUUGGGACUCCAGGAAGGGUAUUCGUCAUGUUGUGCUACACAUUUUCAAUAGUACACAAGUCUGGACUGCAGGCAGGACAGUUUGGCACCUGCACACUCUUACCAUAGAGCCACACUGCUGUUAUGUGUGCCGAAUGUGGCCCUGACUUAGUCUGACUCUUAUUGGCUCUGACUUAGUCUGACUCUUAUUGGCUCUGACUUAGUCUGACUCUUAUUGGCUCUGACUUAGUCUGACUCUUAUUGGCUCUGACUUAGUCUGACUCUUAUUGGCUCUGAUCUAGUCUGACUCUUAUUGGCUCUGACUUAGUCUGACUCUUAUUGGCUCUGAUCUAGUCUGACUCUUAUUGGCUCUGACCUAGUCUGACUCUUAUUGGCUCUGACCUAGUCUGACUCUUAUUGGCUCUGACUUAGUCUGACUCUCAUUGGCUCUGACUUAGUCUGACUCUUAUUGGCUCUGACUUAGUCUGACUCUCAUUGGCCCUGACCUAGUCUGACUCUUAUUGGCUCUGACUUAGUCUGACUCUCAUUGGCUCUGACUUAGUCUGACUCUUAUUGGCUCUGACUUAGUCUGACUCUUAUUGGCUCUGACUUAGUCUGACUCUUAUUGGCCCUGACU